UCUCCUCCGAGCCUCCCCUUUCGAUGGCCCAAUCUACUCCAAAGCUUCAGCUUAAAAACCCACUUCUUUCUCUCCUUCAAAAGUCCAAAACGUCCUCACAAAUCCUCCAAAUUCAUGCUCAAUUGAUCACCACCAAUCUCAUCUCUGAGACUUUCGCCGCAAGCCGAUUGCUUGAUUCCGUAGUAUCAAAAACUCUUAAUGUGAACUAUGCUGAGCUUGUUUUCGCUCAAAUUCACCAGCCCAACUCCUUCAUUUGCAACACGAUGGUCAAAUGCUACACCGAGAGCUCAACCCCGGAAAGGGCCUUGCGUUUUUAUGCCGAAAUGCGAAGAAAAGGCCUUUUGGGGGAUAAUUACACGUACCCAUUUGUGCUCAAGGCAUGUGGUGCAAUGUGCGGGUUGUUGGAGGGGGGAUUGGUUCAGGGGGAGGCCGUGAAGAGAGGGUUUGGGGGGGAUGUGUUUGUGGUGAAUGGGUUGAUCAGUAUGUAUUGUAGGUGUGGAGAAACUGGCUGGGCGAGAGCGGUGUUUGAUGGGUUUUCUGAGAAGGAUUUGGUGUCGUGGAAUUCGAUGCUUGGUGGUUAUGUAUGGUGUGGGGAGAUGGAGAACGCACAGAACAUGUUCGAUGAAAUGCCUGAAAGAGAUGUUGUUUCUUGGUCUAUUAUGAUUGAUGGGUAUGGAAAGAAAAUGGGUGAAGUUAAUCGGGCCCGUGUGUUUUUUGACAGCAUGCCCACAAGAGAUCUGGUUUCUUGGAAUUCUAUGAUUGAUGGGUAUGCAAAGGUUGGAGAAAUGGAGGUGGCUCGGGAAAUAUUCGAUAAGAUGCUGCAGAAAAAUGUGAUUUCUUGGAGCAUUAUGAUAGAUGGGUAUGCUCAGCAUAGAGAUUCCAAGGAAGCAUUGAAUCUCUUCAGGCAGAUGCUUUGUCAAGGCAUCAAACCAGAUAGGGUAUCUGUGGUGGGUGCAGUAUCAGCAUGUUCCCAGUUGGGGGCACUUGAUCAAGGAAGAUGGAUACAUUUGUACAUGAAGAGAAACAGAAUGUUGCUGGACAUUGUUGUUCAAACUGCCCUUGUGGAUAUGUACUUAAAAUGUGGAAGCCUUGAUGAGGCUCGCAGGAUAUUCAACAGCAUGCCAGAAAGAAACGUCGUUUCUUGGAAUGUAAUGAUUGUUGGACUCGGCAUGAAUGGUUUUGGAAAGGAAGCUCUGGAGUGUUUCGCUCAAAUGGAGAUGGAAAGAAUUCCAAUGGAUGAUUUGCUUUUCCUUGGUGUUCUUAUGGCUUGUAGCCAUGCAAAUCUUGUAACCGAAGGUCUUCAUAUCUUCAAUCAGAUGAAAGGAGUUUACAGGCUUGAACCAAAGCUUGAACACUAUGGCUGCUUGGUAGAUCUCCUUGGCCGGGCAGGACAACUAGAUCAAAUUCAAAACAUAAUACAAUCUAUGCCUAUGAAACCAAAUGCAGCUUUAUGGGGAUCCCUUCUUUUGGCUUGCAGAAUUCACCAAAAUGUCACUCUUGCAGAGAUUGUGGUAGAGAGGCUUGCAGAACUCAAAGCUGAUGAGUCUGGGGUUUAUGUUCUCAUGUCAAACAUCUAUGCUGAUGUGGGAAUGUGGGAGGGUAUGCUAAGGAUACGGAAACUGAUGAAGGAAAGAAAGAUGAAGAAAGAUAUUGGGAGAAGUGUAAUUGAGGUAGAUGGCAAUGUUGAGGAGUUUGUUAGCGGAGAAAAGUCUCAUAUUCUAAGAGAGGAAAUAGAAUUGGUUAUUUGGAGCUUAGCAAAGAUGGCAAUGUUUGCAGGCUAGACUCUGAGAUGUGAUGACUCCAUACGCCAGGAGAGUGUCUGCAAUUCUGCAUCUAGAAAACCAAUCCCCAAAAACGUUCCAACUUCUCAAGGCUUGACAUCACAUUACACACCCAUCUGGGGCAUUUAAAGCAGGCAUACCAACCCAGGCCUUAUACACACUCAUUCCUUGGCUGAUUUCUUGAGCCAUCAGUUCCUUUGGAGCUAUUCUUAGCAUUGUUGCAUGGCCAGAUUAUCUACAGGAGCUGGAAGGCAAGGUCUAGAAAGCUUUGGUGGUUCAAAGCGAUAUGUUCGAGUUCCUUGAGGCCAGGCCUUUGUUACCAAGCCCUUAUUCUUGACUAGCAUGCCAAAUUAUCUUCACAACAGGAAGACUCCUCAACCCAUAUGCUGAACACUAAGAAGCCAGACUGGAUGCUGAAGCUAAAAUUGUUGUUACAAUGGACAGCUUACAUCACUUGGGCAACUACAGAUUCUUAAGAACUACUUUAUCUGAGUAUCUGAGUGAGAGCAAUGGCCUUCAACUUGCAGACGCAAACUAAGAGAAUCAGCAAACUAAACAUCUGCUACAAACUGUGACUGCUUCUUUAGGCAUGUGAUGCAUUACAUCACAGAGUAUGGGAUUAUGCCUCAUGUAUAACUUCAGUUUCUGAAUGAAGAUGGUCUUUAUUUGAGAUUUAUGCUCA